CAUGCCGUCACAUUUAAAAUACAACCAAAAAAAAGUUCGUUAAAAGUGUAUUAGCUACUCAAAUCUUAACUAGUCUUCAAUGGAGAAGACUGAUAGAGCUGGCAAUACUGCAAUCUGGGUCACUGCGGCUUUAUGCAUUGCCUUUGCAAUGAGUUUUGCGACUGAUUUUCCCGUCGCUAACGCCUCUCCCCUACAAGAUUUUUGUGUCGGUGUAGAUGACCCUAAAUCUGCAGCAUUCACUAAUGGAAAAUUUUGCAAGGAUCCAAAGUACGUGACAAUAAAUGAUUUCUUGUACAAAGGGUUUAACAUACCUGGAGACACAAACAACACUCAAGGAGCAAAUGCCACACUAGUCGACAUCAACCUAUGCCCCGCAGUCAACACACUAGGGGUUUCCAUCGCUCGUGUAGACUUCGGACCCUUUGGUCUUAACACUCCGCAUUUUCAUCCUCUAGGUUCGGAGAUGUUCGCGGUGUUAGAGGGCACCCUAUAUGCCGGAUUUGUGACCACUAAAAACAAACUCUACGACACCAUUGUUAAGAAGGGCGAUGUAAUCGUCUUUCCACAAGGUUUAAUCCACUUUCAACUCAAUCUUGGGGAGACAAAUGCUGUGGCAAUUGCCUCAUUUGGCAGCCAAAAUCCUGGACGAGUAAAUGUUGCUAAUAGUAUUUUUGGAAGUACACCACCUAUUUUUGAUGAUGUUCUUACCAAGGCAUUUCAAGUGAAUGAGAACGCAAUUGAGCAAUUCCGAGCUCAGUAUUCGAAAGAUAACGUAACCGAUGCCAAGAGGACGGUUCUAAGGUUGUUAUCUCAGUUUACUUCAUAAAGCUAAUUCAAUUCUUUGGAUGGUGUAGUUGGAGCAAAUUAAGUGGUAAUGAAGGAUUAAUAUGUUGUUUAUGGUACUAUUAUCCUAAUAUAGUGAGCCUUAAGAAUUUUUUUUUAAGGCUAUGCUAAUAUGCUAUUAUUGUUGGGAAAUGUUUAAUUCGCAAUUCUCUUUUGAAGCUAAUAAAUUGGGGAUAAGAUAUCCGCGUACAUGUGAUGACAAUUUUUGUUGGAGUUGUAUAUCACCUAUAUAUAUAAGUUAUGAUGACUUUAAUAAAUGAUAACAUUUCUUAUUAUA